CGCCCGCGGAGGGGAGGUUGCUGAGCGAGGGCAGGAGGUUGUGUGACAGGACCAGCUUCCUCACUGCCAACCUCCGAGGCUGAUUGUUAGGAUGAAAUGAGGAGGACUAUUUUCCUGCACCCCAGCCUUCCUGCCAUGUCUGACCCCAUCACACUCAAUGUUGGGGGGAAGCUCUAUACAACCUCACUGGCAACCCUGACCAGCUUCCCUGACUCCAUGCUGGGCGCCAUGUUCAGCGGGAAGAUGCCCACCAAGAGGGACAGCCAGGGCAACUGCUUCAUUGACCGGGACGGCAAAGUGUUCCGCUACAUCCUCAACUUCCUCCGAACCUCCCACCUGGACUUGCCCGAGGACUUCCAGGAGAUGGGCCUGCUGCGCAGGGAGGCCGACUUCUACCAGGUGCAACCCCUGAUUGAGGCCCUGCAGGAGAAGGAGGUGGAGCUGUCCAAGGCCGAGAAGAAUGCCAUGCUCAACAUCACGCUGAACCAGCGUGUGCAGACGGUCCAUUUCACUGUGCGUGAGGCACCCCAGAUCUACAGCCUCUCCUCUUCCAGCAUGGAGGUCUUCAAUGCCAACAUCUUCAGCACCUCUUGCCUCUUCCUCAAGCUCCUCGGCUCCAAGCUCUUCUACUGCUCCAAUGGCAACCUCUCCUCCAUCACCAGCCACCUGCAAGACCCCAACCACCUCACUCUGGACUGGGUGGCCAACGUGGAGGGCCUGCCAGAGGAGGAGUACACCAAGCAGAACCUCAAGAGGCUCUGGGUGGUGCCAGCCAACAAGCAGAUCAACAGCUUCCAGGUCUUUGUGGAGGAGGUGCUCAAGAUCGCUCUGAGUGAUGGCUUCUGCAUCGACUCUUCUCACCCACAUGCUGUGGAUUUUAUGAACAAUAAGAUAAUUCGAUUAAUACGGUACAGGUAAAAGGACCCCAGCAACACUGGAUGGGGUCUUCCCAAAGCCAGGAUGUUGGAGAGUGUCUCACCCAUGGUGUGAGGCAGGGUACCAUACUAAUCUGCAUUAAUCGCAUAGCAGGACUUGAUUCUACCCGCCCCACCGCCCCCCCCACAACGAUGCAGUCCACCUAUAGGAAUCCAUGUGUCCUCUUGACACAGCCAUCUUUUUCCUUGCCGCUUUGAGCUGGAGAUGGGCAGUUUGCUGUAAGUGAAGUCUGCCAUCAUGUCCUACAGGAGGCUGUAGGACUUCCUGGCUAGAUAGAGAAUAGCACUUUUCCCUCGGACUCCAGCUCUCUCUGAACCAUGAGGCACUGCCUGCAGCCGUUCCUUUGGUAGAGGGGGUAAAGUGAGAACAAGAGGCUCCCUCUGGUUUCUCAGGACAGAAAGUCCGUAGAGAUUCCCAUCCUGCCUGCCCCUCCAUCCCUGGGAUGUGGCCAGGACCUGGGGCUUGCUUGGCUGGCUUGGAAAUGAAGUAGGUGGUAGGGGGCAGGAUUUGAGCUGGCCCGGCAUAGAGGAAUGAGUCUCCAGGCAGUGUUCAGAAGAUGCGGCUGUCCCUCUGGACGGGGCCAAAUCUAGGCAUUUGGGGAUUCCUGGCUUCAGAAAUGAGCUGCUAAUCCCUGUGAAGAUUUGAAAGUAUUUGGAGCCAGUACAGUGAAAGGCACUUCAUAAUGUGGCCUGAUCCCUGACUUCUUUCUCCAAGAAUUUGAAGUGUCAUUGAAACAGACCUUUUAAACAAAUAUAUUAUGCACUCUCAGGGUUGGAAAAUAAUUGAACAGUCAUUUAGUGCUCUCCCACCCCAAGUACACCCCAGUACAUUUGAGGCCAAGGGCUUUUCCCCAGUACCUUCAGGAGAUCAACUAUCUCUGCUUGCGUACUCUCAGCAACAGAACGUCCAUCAUCCCCACAGCCAGCCCCUGUCAUGGUUGGCUGUUAGAAAGUCCUUCCUUUAUCUUGAGCUGCAUUCUGUCCUUCCACAACCAUUUUCUGUUCCUGUUAGACCUUUCUUGUCACCCAAAUGUCUAUUUUCUUUCUCAGAAUAGUCACUUUGAGAGGCCACAUACGUAUUCUGAAAAUAUUACUACUUGGGAUUAUUAGGAUCCCCCUUGGGAUUUGUCUUCAAAACCAAGGUUAGCCCCCUGACAUUCCCUGUAAGUCAUCCCUCUUUUUUACGGCUUCACUUUGUUUAUGACCCUCCCUCCUCACCAGACAUGACCCUGCAUAGCUUUUGACCAUCUUCUGGUAAGUUUGAAGAUUGCUGCCCCAAAGGAAGGAGACCAGGGUCUCAGCAGUGUGCAGCAAGGAGCCCAGGAGUGGCCUGAACCAUAACACUGCCCUUGGAGGAAGUGUCCAGCCCCUAUAGCACUGCUCUGAGGGAUGUGGUACUGUUUCUGUGCCUGUUGACAUCCUUGGGGUGAGACCCAGGGCAAGAUACCCUGAGCCACCACUUCCCAGGGGUGAUAAGCAGUGCAGGUCUCAAAACUGCAUGUUAUGAUUCACCCCUGGAAUGAGGGUGACCUUGGAAGUCCCACAGCCCUCCCCACUAGGCAGGGGCCCUCAGACAAAGCCAGAGACGCCUGGUGCCACGGGUACCCCAGGGGAUGGGCAGAGGAUGGAGCUUGUGUGCCAGGCUGUGGGAAAGGCCACAUCCUUUAAAUAAUAAAGGUCUCCCCCCCCCCACCCCGUACAGUGGGACCCCUGAGACUCAUAACUGUCCCAGCCACCAGACUAUUGGAAUUUGGGAAAGCCACUCAGGAGAACCCAGUUUAGACCAGCCAGCAGAAGCUGUGACCACAGCAGAACAGUUUAGAAAUUUCAUAUAUCACUACUGUCCCGUGUCCCUUUUCAUAAAAAUUCUUUCUCCAUCUUUUUGGUGCUUCUUAAUUCAAGCAGCUUGACUUUAGAGAAAGCACAGGACCUGUGAAGCCACUAAUUUGCUGUGUGACUUUAUGCAAGUCACUCACCUCACUGAGCCACCUCUGUUUCAUCAUCUGUGAAAUGGACAUAACAGUAACCCAUAACCCUAUCUACCUCACAGGGCUGUUGUGAGGAUCAAAUGAAAUAAUGUAUAUGAGAAUACAGUAUAAAUGAUAAAUGGUUAUCUUUAUUUUGUGUCUACAUAUAAGGGGAAAAACCUUGGCUUUGGAAUCAGGCUGAGCCAAGUCUGAAUUCUGGCUCUAUUGCAUGCUGUGUAAACUUGGACAAGUCCCUGGGCCUCCCUGAUUUGUUUCCUCAUCUGAUGACAACCUCACCUCCCACUGUUGUGUGACCUGGUUGUGUAUGUGAAAAUUCCUAGCUAGGCCUGGCACAUAGGAGCUCAAUAAAUGUUUGCUCUCUUAGAAGUAA